ACAUUUUUUUGCCUUGUGUUGUGUCUGAAAGUUGGAGUGUUUUCUCGUUUGCUGUGCUCAGCUCCUUAUGGAGCUCUCACUCUCUCCAACUUCACAUCGAGUUCCUUCCACAAUUCCCACUUUGAAUUCCGCUAAACUAUCAUCCACUAAGGCCACCAAGUCACAACAACCUUUGUUCUUAAGAUUUUCCAAACACUUCAACUCAAUUGGGUUGCACCAUCACAGUCACAGAUGCUGCUCAAAUGCUGUUCCCGAGAGACCCCAGAGACCCAGUUCCAUAAGGGCUUGCACUGGAGUUGGAGCUUCUGGAUCUGAUCGUCCAUUAGCUGAAAGACUUUUAGAUCUGAAAGAUGCUUGUUGGAGAUUUUUAAGGCCACAUACUAUACGUGGUACAGCACUAGGUUCAUUUGCUUUGGUGGCAAGAGCAUUGAUUGAGAACACCAAUUUGAUAAAGUGGUCUCUUUUUUUCAAAGCUUUCUGUGGUCUUUUUGCUCUGAUUUGUGGGAAUGGUUAUAUAGUUGGCAUCAAUCAAAUCUAUGACAUUAGCAUUGACAAGGUAAACAAACCUUAUUUACCUAUAGCUGCUGGAGAUCUUUCUGUCCAAUCUGCAUGGUUCUUGGUUAUAUUUUUUGCAGCUGCUGGCCUGUCAAUUGUGGGGUUGAACUUUGGGCCCUUCAUUUUUUCUCUUUACACACUUGGCCUUUUCUUGGGUACCAUCUAUUCUGUUCCUCCAUUUAGAAUGAAACGCUUUCCUGUUGCAGCAUUUCUUAUAAUUGCCACGGUUCGGGGUUUUCUCCUUAACUUUGGUGUGUACUAUGCCACUAGAGCUGCCCUUGGGCUUGCAUUUGAAUGGAGCUCUCCUGUGGUUUUUAUCACAACAUUUGUAACAUUUUUCGCACUGGUAAUUGCUAUAACAAAAGAUCUUCCUGAUGUUGAAGGAGAUCGCAAGUAUCAGAUAUCAACCUUUGCCACAAAAUUAGGAGUUCGGAACAUUGCUUUCCUUGGUUCUGGAAUUUUGUUGGUGAACUAUAUUGUUUCUGUUUUGGCAGCAAUUUAUAUGCCUCAGGCUUUCAGGCGUUGGUUACUCAUACCGGCUCAUACGAUUUUUGCAAUAAGCUUGAUUUACCAGGCAUGGAUAUUAGAACAAGCAAAUUAUACCAAGGAUGCAAUAUCAGGAUUCUAUCGAUUCAUAUGGAAUCUGUUCUAUGCUGAGUAUGCAAUAUUUCCUUUCAUAUAGCAAGCCUUGCUACAUUUUUCUUGGGAAAAGGUGCAUACGUGCAUAGUUAGAGAGAUCUUCUUUGUUGUCUCAAGUAUCAAUUAGUAAACUAGCUAUUUUUUUAAUGAGUAUUUUUGUAUAUAAAUGUGUGAUACUAUUUGCUUUUACUUUGAUGUAAUGCCAUUAACAUAUUUCAUAAUGUUACACGGACAAUAUUUUGCAUUGUUUUUAUA